AUGGCCAACGGGAGCGAGAGCGGCGUGGCCGACGACCUGGGCGGCCCGCUGGCGGGCGGGGCGACGGGCGGGGCCGCAGGGGGCGUGUCCUCCUCGGCCGCGCCCACCUACGCCAAGCUGGUCCUGCUGGGUCUCAUCAUCUGCGUGAGUUUGGCGGGAAACCUGCUGGUGUCGCUGCUGGUUCUGCGCGACCGCGCGCUACACAAGGCCCCCUACUACUUCCUGCUGGACCUGUGCCUGGCCGACACCAUCCGCUCGGCCGUCUGCUUCCCCUUCGUCCUGGUGUCCAUCCGCAGCGGCUCGGCCUGGACCUACAGCGUGCUGAGCUGCAAGGUGGUGGCUUUCAUGGCGGUGCUCUUCUGCUUCCACGCCGCCUUCAUGCUCUUCUGCAUCAGCGUGACGCGCUACAUGGCCAUCGCCCACCACCGCUUCUACUCCAAGCGCAUGACCUUCUGGACCUGCGCGGCCGUGGUCUGCAUGGUGUGGACCCUGUCCGUCGCCAUGGCGUUCCCGCCCGUCUUCGACGUGGGCACCUACAAGUUCAUCCGCGAGGAGGACCAGUGCAUCUUCGAGCACCGCUACUUCAAGGCCAACGACACCCUGGGCUUCAUGCUGAUGCUGGCCGUGCUGAUCCUGGCCACUCACGUGGUCUACAUGAAGCUGUUGCUCUUCGAGUACAAGCACCGCAAGAUGAAGCCCGUGCAGAUGGUCCCGGCCAUCAGCCAGAACUGGACCUUCCACGGGCCGGGCGCCACGGGGCAGGCGGCGGCCAACUGGAUCGCGGGGUUCGGCCGGGGGCCCAUGCCCCCCACCCUGCUGGGGAUCCGGCAGAACCUGCACAACCAGAACCGGCGGCUGCUGGGGAUGGAGGAGUUCAGGGCGGAGAAGAGCCUGGGCCGGAUGUUCUACGUCAUCACGCUGUUUUUCCUGGUGCUCUGGUCGCCCUACAUUGUGGGCUGUUACUGGAGAGUGUUCGUCAAGGCCUGCACCAUCCCCUACCGCUACCUCUCCACCACCGUGUGGAUGAGCUUCGCCCAGGCGGGGGUCAACCCCAUCAUCUGCUUCAUCCUCAACAAGGACCUGAAGAAGGGGCUGAUGACCCACCUGCCCACCUGCUGCAGGACUAAACCGCGGCUGCCCAGAGAGCCCUACCGUGUCAUGUGACCAGGGAAGGCAGGGCCUUAGGUAGGGCGGUGGAUUCACAUUCGUUUUAUUUAUUGAUUGAAUU